AUGCCGUUCUUGAAAAUCAAACCUGACAAUUCGUUCGUCCCUAUAUUUUAUGAAAUAGUGGCACAACCGAACCACAUCAAGCGACUAUCCGGAGGGUACUCUAAAUUCAGUAUCACUGAGCGAGAAAUAGACAUUCCCCUAAAAUAUUAUGAUAUAGAGCGUAAUGUCUACCUGAGGAAUCACUUGAAAACAAAUAACGCAGACAAAGAGGUGUUCUCGUCCGUACCCCCUAAAAAAUUUCUAAGUGACAACUGCAUUAUAUUUGAUUACUACUCGUAUCACGACAAUGUGAUCGGUGUUUUUGUGCCUACGAAAGCCGGUUCUUGUCACGUCUACCUUAAACAAUUAUUUGAAUCAGAAGGGAGUGUAGAAAUAGACAUGAAAACUGAAAUGCACAAAUCAAUAGGAAAACUACAUGCGAAACUAUUGAACAAAGAUAUCUUUAAAUUAUCUAAAUCAUUCACACACGUAGAUAACAGCGAAGAUAUAUCAAACUCUUACGACGAAAUAGAGGCAUCAUUUUCCAGCAAAAUGUCCAACGUAUACACCUUGAGCGAAUCUAUGGACAUGAAUUUAUUGUAUACGAUCGAUUCUACAAGGCACCCCAUAGAAUAUUUCAUCUAUAACGAGCAUAUUUCUACACCAAAAUAUUUCGAACAUACACUUUUCAUGUCAAUCUAUGAAUAUUCCAUCAAUACAAACCAAAAAAUAGGAGAUUAUGUAGAGUUUUUCCUCAAGUGUGACGAUCAUUUGAAGGCGUUUUUUUUAGCUGAUUCCGUCAAUUUACUCACGCAUUUUAUGACCUACCGUACCGACUACGAUUACUACGAUCUCAAACAACCCCUAGAAACGGAGUUGAACGAAAACUGCAUUGAUACUUUCAGUGGGGACUGUGAAGAUUUUAGUUUGUGUAAUAUGUCUGUCUUCACUGCGUUGCAAUCAUUGAGGGGAGUGAACGAAAACGAAUUUCCACAUGUUGUAGAAAUGCAAAAUGUAUCCAAACAAUAUAUUAUGGUUUGUGCUCUGGCAAGAGCUACCACUGGGAGUGCACUACAAAGUCACAAUUUCACACGUUUAUCAAGUAUGUACGCACAAGAAAAAGAGCCAACAAACCACAGAAAUGCCUUGACAGUGCUCAUAGAAGGAGUGUAUGAUUUAGAAAAUCCAGUAUUCCACAUGACAUCCAUGUUAAUACAUGUGAGGUAUUUUCAUGAUCUCGUACAGAAAACGCUGGGUGAACCCCAACAAGGGAAAAAUUCAUUUACCGAGACUGCAGUUGACCUUUUAAACAAGAUCUUAUCAGAUAACCAACAUAAUUACCAUGUACCCAAUGUCAUAUUGAUGGAAGGAACAGGUAGAUUUAACUAUAUCAACAACGAAGAAGACCACUAUUCUAGGCAGCCUCUCACACAACCUGGCAGCAGAGAAUUCAAAGGGUCGAAAUACACAAAGAGUGAUUUCUUUUUACACCUCAAAGAAUUGAGAUACCCAUGCAAGUCCAAUCCUUUCAUACUCAACAUUUUGGACAUUUUCACCAAUUAUUUCAUGAAACACUUCGAGUAUCCCUUGUUUAAAUUUAGCAUUUCCUACAAGUUGGGUAGCAAAGAUAAUGAGCUUGAACCAUCAUCAAUGGUGAGCAAACCGUACAUCAGAGGUUGUAACUUUAAAGACAUAUGCAUGGGUAGUACUUACACUAGAUUGUUGUGCCAUCCGCCACUAACAAGCGCUGUCUAUCACCAGGCUAUAGACGAAUCCAAACGGUACGCUGUAUCCGUCAUACUGGACAACAAGCCAGAUGAAGAUUACGGAGUUCGGUUAUUAGUCGAAGAGCUCACACAAACAUUCAACAAAUACGCGAAGUUCAAAAAGAAAAAACCCAACGACGCUUGGAAAUAUUUUUAUCACCUUAAUGUUUGUGAUCUAUUGAAGCUCAAAAACUGGGAAGAAAAAUACAGAUCCUUCAUGUCGUCCAUGGUCAAUUAUUUGAAAAGUGAUAAUUAUUCGUGUGCAAGCUUGGAAAUACUCUAUUUGAACCCCAACAAACCAAAGAUGCUGAUCAUGUUCGAUUGA